CUAUAAAUAACGUGAAAACAAAAUCUAUGGAUUAACAAGAAUCUCCACACUCAAGCUGUGUGCACUUACAGCUUUUAUCUUUUUAAGGGCAAACAGUGGAAAAUAAACAGCCAAAAGACAAGACGAAGUUUUUGAUUUCAGGCGGCUUUAACGAGCCAUUCGAAAAUCAGGUUGUCGCACAGGUUUGUGUGGCGAAAAUGGCUAUAACUGUUUACAGUCUGCUUUAUUCAUUUUCGAAUGCAUUUCCGCAAACCCAAUUGGUCCAUAAAAGAAUAAUACAUACUCUUCACUCUUUAAUUUGCCUUAAACACAUUCAUAAGUUCUAAUUUUUUAAAAAAAAUUGAGCAGAUCUUCCAAAAUAAUCAUAUUUAUUGGUUCCACAGUAGUUACGGAACUCAUAUCUCAUACCUUAGCAGAUUUAAAGCACAUCCAUGAGCGAUUCCGCGCACUGUAUGACAUCGAACUUAGCCAAGCCAUAAUUUAUGUCCUACUGCGGUGCAUGGUUGUGCUCGGUAUCGACUGUAUUACGGUUCAUGGUAACUUGGUAACUUGGUAACUUGUGUUCUUGUAAACAAAUGAGGUAUUGAAAUAAAUGAGAAUGUGUAGGCUCUGUUUUAUGGACACAUACAACAUUUCGCCAAUUUUCACCCAACAGGCACCUGAUAAACUAACUGGAGUAUGAACGCUUGGCCGGUACUGAAGACAAGAGGCAAAUAAAACCGCACUGUUUAACUCGAUAAAAGAGUAAAUUAAAUAAAUAAAACAUAAUUGUGUCACAUGCCAUGACUUUUAUUUAUAAGAGAUUGUGAGACGACAUAAUCGUUAAGAAAAUAAUAAUGAUAUUUCAAUUUUCCUUAAGCUUAUAAAUAGCUACUAUUAUGUCCCAACUUUCUUAUUCUUGUACGGAUAUUGGAUACUUACUCACUUCCAGCAUGUUUAAGUUAACGGCGUUCAGUAUACUAAUCUUCAUUGCUUUAGGCAAUGCUUCCUUUAUAGAAAAAUCAAAUUUUACAAAGCUAACUUCAAAGGAAAUUGAUAUCUGGGACUUGGGAAACCAAACCGAUGAGCUUGCCACUGACGCUGUAAAUCGUAUAAAUGGCGGACGGCCGGUAGAACAAAUCGUUCCGUACCAGGUAUCGUUGCAGGUGCACCGACGUGGACGUUAUCACCACUUUUGUAGUGGUUCCAUUAUCAGUGCUCAGCACGUUCUUACCGCCGCUCAUUGCUUAACGAAGAUGAACCCGAAUGAGAUCAGUGUUGUAGUCGGUACAUUGACAUGGCGCAAUGGUGGCGAUCGCCAUGGGGUUGUGGCUAUGCGCUCCCAUCCGGGUUUCUCAUCGAGUUCAUUAAUUAUUAAUGACAUUGCGGUGUUAAAGGUAACUCCGUCAUUCAAUUUGGCCAGAACAUCAAUAAGCACAAUUUCGCUGGGUAAUCGAGCACGUGUGGGUGAUAAAGUGCCAGUGCGUUUGACAGGCUGGGGCUCCCUGACGCCUACGGGAUCGACCGGUUUGCCAGAACGAUUGCAAGUGUUAGAUUAUCACACCAUAUCGAACCAGGAAUGUGCCCAACGUGGAUUUCGCAUAACAGCCAAUGAGCUGUGCGCUCUCGGCGAAAGAGGUCGCGGCGCUUGUGUGGGUGACUCCGGAGGUCCACUUACAAUAUCGAACGGCGCACCACAGCUGGUCGGGAUUGUUUCCUAUGGCACGGCGACAUGCGCCCUGGGUCGGCCUGAUGUUUACACAAGAGUUUCAAGCUUUCUGCCAUACAUUAAUAGAGUAAUAAGCAGUGAAAUACCGUGAAGUUGUAAAACAUGCUAUUGUGAAAAUUAAAGCUUGAAAUUAGUAUUCAAACACCAGAUAGUUACAAAUUUAACUAAUGGAACUUUAAAAGGAAGAAACACGCGAAACUAAAUGGACAAAUACAUAAAUAAAUAAACUAUGAUGCAAUACUCGUAGCGACAAUGACAGUGACGAGAUAAGAACAAACAGACAAACAUUCAAAAAAUUCAUUCAUGACGAACGGUGCGAAAGAUGGUCCACCUUUGCUUUAAACUUAGUACAGAACAACUAUCUUCUUUGACGCCGGCUCCGAAUGGAUAUUGCUUGCCAUGCCUCAUUACCACUUAUUAUGGCGCUGAAGACGGUGCGACCCGCCAGAUGCGAACGUCCACUUGGCCAAAAGCCAGCCAGAAAUGCCGUUGGUAAAUCAAUAAAUAUUACUUGAAUAACCAUAAGUGUCCGAAGUGUACUCAACGGCUAAUUAAAAAAUCUUAUUCGAUAUUCGCCACGGGCACCUCUUCACAAAUUCCAUACUCCAUCAUUUGGUUUUUUGCUCUUUUUACAUUCACAAUCAUCAAACUUGAAUAUGCCAUGUGUUCGUAAGAAAGGGCCUAUGCUGAACGAUUGGCAAAACGGUUGGGCUAAUUUAUUGCUUCAGCUAACGGCGACAUUUAGCGCGAGUCACUUGCUCGCUGACAUCAACGAAAAGGAAUAAGAACUGAUGGCUCAACCAAACCUAAUGCAAAUGAAAACAAUUUGACUCUGAUUUGUCGCAGUUUCUAUUUAUGUACAUGCGAUCCACCGACCUCGAGUCCAAAAGCUUAAGACUAUGCCUAAUUGCUCAAAUGAUGUACUGUAAGUGUGGCACAAACUCUCACAUACGAGUAUAACAGAAAGUCAGUGGCUGUUGGCAUUUAGGCUAUAGAAAAAAAUCUUGCCUUUGUUGGACUUGACUGAAAUAUUUAAGCAAAGUUUCAUUUUUUGCACAGCAAACCUGAGAUGCACUUGCAAACAGACUCACAUUCAGAUUGAUUUGAGAAUGAAAUGUACG